CCCAUGAUAGCACAGCCUACUCGCCCUGCCGCCGCCCGCUGAUCCCCCGACUCCCCCCAAAACCCACGCCGCCGCCGCCGUCUCUUCCCUCCCUUCUCCGCCGCAGCCGCCGUAUCCCCCCUCUCUCUCCGGGAGCUGAAAGCGCCCGAGGAGGAGAUCAGGUUCUUUGGCCAUGGUGGGCUGGCGGGCGGCGGGCGGCGCUCGUGCCGUUCUUCGCCGGCUCAGCGCGGCGGCGGAGGCGGCGGCGAAGCAGGACGGCCGUGUGUUCGCUGCCAGCUAUAGCGGCAGCAGUGGCGGCGUGAAUGCUCCGUUUGGCUUGGGCCAAUAUGCAAACCUUUUGAGGGCACAAGCUUUUGCAUCCAGGGGAGUCGCGCUGAACUUCCAUCAGCUGAUCCGCAAUGCUGGAAUAUCUACCACAAGGAACCUGCUUGCUGCAGAUGAUGCUAUGGUUCCUGUUUCUUCUCCUUUGACACCUCCACUUGGUGAUGGAGAACAAACUGACAAAAAGGGAGCAAUUGUUAAGCGGCUGAAGGUCCAAGCCAUCAAGAAGGAUAUCAAGCAGAGCCCCAAGAAGGUGAAUCUGGUAGCAAAGCUGGUUCGAGGAAUGCGUGUGGAAGAUGCCCUGUUGCAGUUGCAAGUGACAGUUAAAAGGGCUGCAAAAACUGUAUAUCAGGUGAUUCAUUCUGCUCGUGCCAAUGCAGCUCACAAUCACGGACUGGAUCCUGAUAAACUUAUUGUGGAAGAGGCUUUUGUUGGGAAAGGACUUUACCUGAAGAGGUUGUCCUACCAUGCCAAAGGGCGGUGUGGCGUCAUGGUGAGACCGAGGUGCAGACUGACAGUAGUGGUUCGAGAGGCUACCGCUGAGGAAGAGGCAAAGAUCGCGAAACUCAGAGUCAGCAACUAUAAGAAGCUGACCAGAAAGGAGAAGCAGCUAAUGCCGCACCGUCUUAUCGAGGUUAGCCCGAGGUGGGCUCGCAAGAGGAAAGAGGAGGCUGGUGCUGCUGCGUAGCAUGGCUUCCCAUUUGCAGGAUGUCUGCCUUCAUUGGCCUUGAAGCGGUGAGUAGCCGCAUAUGCUGAAAUUUACCCAAGAACAAUUGUAGCUCUCUCAAGAAUGAAUUCAAAGGUCUCAUUUGUCAGGCCUGUCUUUGUUCUGUUUGUUUCAUCUGUAUGAAAUUUGUCUCAUGAAGCAUAGGAAACUGUGGCAUUGCCCACGAUUCUACUCAGAAUGAAUAAUGUCACCUCUGAUAUUUUGUUCGGCCUGCCUAUUUUUAUAGUUGUCUUCGCUGAAGAUCCGUAUUCAAAGUUAAA